CUCUGCAAUUUAAUUCGUAGUGCUUGUGGGGAGAGUAUGGCGCCGAAAGUGAAAGAGUUGCGAAAGGGUUUCGAAGCUGUUCAAGACCUGGAAUUGCUCAAGGUCUUGAAGUCCGAGAUCGAAUUCGAACUUAAUUCUAAUCCCUUCAAGGCUGAUAAAAUAUUUGGUUCCUUGGGAGACUUUUUGCUGGACUGGGACUCCCCACAUUCCAAAGAUGUAGUUUUGCGGAAAAGAUGCAAUUCAGGCGAAGAGGUUGCGGUUUCAGCAAUUCUUGGCCCAGCACCUACCCAUGAGAGAGGCGGUACUUUUCCAAGGGAUAUUCUUAUGAAUGUGUUUGUUAAAAAGCCAGCUCUGAGCUCCAUGUUGCAAUUUCACUGUCGUGCUUUUGAGGAAUCUAUCAAUGAACCAGGCUUUGAUAUAAAGAGUGCUUAUUAUCUCCCAUCGCCAACAUGUCUGGGAUCUUCCCUUUACAGAGGCCCUAAAUUUAGUGAAUUGGACCCUGAGUUGCAAGGUUCGAUCAGAAACUAUCUGAUAGAGAAGGGAAUCGGAGAAAACCUGAUCAUGUUCCUUCUCCACUACCUACAUAAAAGAGAGCAAGAGCAAUACAUAAACUGGCUAAAAAAGGGUGAAUCAUUUGUGGCAAAAAGCGAGUGAAUUUGUCACUUCGGAGCCACUCGGCCACAUGCUACACAUAACCCCGCGGAAUUUCAUUAUUCUCAUCAUUGACUCUUGUCAAGGUAGAGGGCAAUUGUAGGCCAGAUCAUCAACCCUGAACCAUGUUUCCUUGAUUUCAGGAUUGAAUUAUCAAAUUUUCGUCUAGUAUGAGAUUAGGUCAUCAAAUUUAUGAACUCGUUUGUGUACCACAGUAUUGUAAUAUCUCUUGCUUUCUCCGGCAUUUCUGGUCUGCACAUGAAAUGAAUAUGAAUUUGAAUGUGGCACGGUCAAGCCAUAAUGAGGAGGGGAGCUUUUCCGUAUGGUGGAUUCAUGUUUGAAUUCAUCCAUCCCAUUUAAUCAGUCCUAAUUAGUUAGUUAAUUGUUACUUUUAUAGAUUUUGUAUCAUUUUGUUAUCUUUUGGAGUUUUACCUACCUGUAUUAUUUAUUGCUUAAAGCUAAUUAGUUUUUGUAUUUUGAGCUGCAAA